AUGGUAUGUUCAAUACUGUCUACUCCUCCACAAAAUAAAAUUUCAAAAAAUUUGCCACCAAAGAAACCUUCUAAAAAAAAUAGACUUCGAGAACUAAACUUAAGACUAUCUGAUAAAUGCUCACCAUCGACGUCUAAACAACAUAAAUAUGUGACAAUAUCCAAUAACUCAUCAUCAGUACCUCAAUAUUUAAAUGUUGAAGACGACAGUUUCGAAACAGAUGGGGAAGAAGAAAUUUUUAGCUCUACUGAUUCAAGACUAUCAAGUCCAUUUUCUGAUAACUUGACUUCACCAUUUGUUACUCCUGCUUUUGAAUUGAAAAAUGAUUCACAAAUUUCAAAUGUAACAUUAAACCUCAUCGAAUUGAUAAAUACUUCAAGUACUCACUCUAAAAAUAACAAAGAAUUACAGCAAGAACAGCAACAGCGAGAGGAAGAGGAACAGCAUCAAAGAAAAAUACCAUGUCAUAGAAAUAGUAAACCAAAAAAGUCUAUUUUAGUUCUUCCUAAGGAUCAUUUAAAUCUUCUUGUUGGAUCUUCAAAAGGUUCUCUAGAUGAUGCCACAAUAUAUGCUACAGAAAUUAAUGCUUCUAUCACACAAUCUUCAUUUACUUUACCAUUAAUAACAAGCACACACGAAAAAAUUACAAUUCCAGUAAACUCAGAAAUUAAAAAAAAAUAUAAGAACUUUAAAAGAGCUUGUUUAAUCAAAUUCAAUGGUUCUGAUAGGUUAGUACAUGAUGAUAUCAGUACCAUUGUAGGUGAUAUUGACUGUGAUGAUGACGAUGAUAACGAACCAGAUGAAGCUUUAAUUCAAGGAUUCAAAUAUGAAUCAAAGGACAAUAACUCUAAAAAUGAUGAUAAUCAGAAGGAAAAAAUUCUAAAAACGAAAUGUACAAAAAAAUUAAGAUGGGAAUAA